GGGAGGGACUGCCGGGCUGGAGAGCAGGCGGCUGAGGUUUAAUCAUUGAACCGAUCACACUGUAUAGAUUUGGUUCAGGGGUUGCUGCUCCACGGGAUUCUCAGAAAUCGCUUGGGAAAUGGCACGGCUGCUGAAGGCAUCCUGUCAGAGCCAUCUUACUGAGUGAAGAAGACCAGGAGUUAUUAGUUCUACAACACACUAAUUCAGUCUGCAUCAAAGAACCUGGGAAAAUGUUCGCUGUACACUUGGUAGCCUUCUAUUUUACAAAGCUAAAAGAAGAUCAGAUCAAAAAGGUUGAUCGAUACCUCUACCACAUGCGGCUUUCGGAUGACGUCCUCCUCGAUGUGAUGACCCGUUUCCGGUCAGAGAUGGUGAAAGGUUUGGGAAGAGACACCAAUCCAACAGCUGUAGUAAAAAUGCUCCCCACACUUGUGCGAUCACUUCCUGAUGGCUCAGAAAAGGGCGACUUUCUCGCUUUAGACCUUGGAGGCUCCAAAUUUCGUGUUCUGAGGGUCAAAGUAUCUGAAGAUGGAAAGCAAAAUGUUCAAAUGGAAAGUCAAUUCUACCCAAUACCUAAAGAAAUUAUACAAGGCAGUGGAAAUGAUCUCUUUGGAUAUAUAACUGAUUGCAUCGCAGACUUUAUGGAGACCAAGGACAUAAAACAUAAGAAAUUGCCCAUUGGGUUUACUUUUUCAUUUCCUUGUAAACAAAGUAAAUUAGCAGAGGGUGUGCUAAUUUCUUGGACGAAACAUUUUAAAGCCCGCGGAGUACAGCAAACAGAUGUAGUACAAUCUCUUCGCAAAGCCCUCAGGAAACACCAGGACAUGGAUGUCGAUGUCUUGGCGAUGGUAAAUGACACAGUGGGAACAAUGAUGACCUGUGGAUAUGAUGACCAACGAUGCGAAGUUGGAGUUAUUGUUGGAACAGGGACAAAUGCUUGCUACAUGGAAGAAAUGAGCAAUAUUGACCUCGUGGAAGGAGAUGAAGGAAGGAUGUGCAUUAACACAGAAUGGGGAGCCUUUGGAGAUGAUGGGUCACUGGAGGACAUCAGGACAGAAUUUGACAAGGAGAAUGACCUGGGCUCCAUCAACCCUCGGAAACAAUUGUUUGAGAAAAUGAUUAGUGGAUUGUAUAUAGGAGAACUUGUCAGGCUUAUUCUUGUGAAAAUGGCAAGGGAAGGACUGCUUUUCAAUGGGAAGUUGUCCACUGCUCUCUGCACCAAGGGCAAGAUCGAGACAAAACAUGUAGCUGCCAUGGAACAGUAUAAAGAAGGUCUGAGCAACACUAAAGAGAUUCUCACUGAAUUGGGCCUGACUCCAUCUGAAGAUGACUGCAUUGCCGUUCAGCACGUCUGCACGAUUGUUUCAUUUCGUUCAGCCAACCUCUGUGCUGCAGCUUUGGCAGCAAUACUGACCCGCCUGCGUGAAAACAAAAAAUUGACAAGGCUCCGAACCACUGUUGGAAUGGAUGGCAUGCUGUACAAGACGCACCCUCAGUAUGCCAAACGCCUCCAUAAGGUGGUUAGAAGGCUGGUUCCCAAUUGUGAUGUUCGGUUUCUGCUUUCUGAGAGUGGCAGCGGAAAGGGAGCUGCAAUGGUAACUGCAGUUGCAGCUAGAUUGUUAUCCCAACACAAACAGAUUGAUGCAGCCUUGGCAAAUUUCAAGCUAACCAAAGAAAACCUCAUAAAUGUGAAGAACCUAAUGAGAGCUGAACUGGAACGUGGGUUAAAGAAGGAAACAAACCCCACAUCUACUGUGAAAAUGCUGCCAACAUUUGUUUAUGGAACUCCAGAUGGAACAGAAAAGGGAAAAUAUCUAGCCCUUGAUCUUGGGGGAACAAAUUUCAGAGUUUUGCUUGUAAAAAUUAGAAGCGGAAGGAACAGGUCAGUCCGAAUGUACAACAAAAUCUUUGCCAUACCUUUGGAAAUCAUGCAAGGAACAGGAGAAGAGCUGUUUGAUCACAUUGUCCAAUGUAUUGCAGACUUCCUGGAGUACAUGGGCAUAAAGGGUGCACGGCUCUCUCUUGGCUUUACAUUUUCUUUCCCUUGCAGACAAGCAAAAAUUGACAAGGGAACACUUGUUGGGUGGACCAAAGGUUUCAAGGCAACUGACUGCGAAGGAGAAGAUGUUGUUGACAUGUUGAGGGAAGCUAUUAAACGGAGGAAUGAAUUUGAUUUGGAUAUUGUAGCUGUGGUGAAUGACACUGUUGGGACAAUGAUGACCUGUGGCUACGAAGAUCCGAAUUGUGAAAUUGGUCUCAUUGCAGGAACAGGCAGUAAUGUGUGCUACAUGGAAGAGAUGAAGAAUAUAGAAAUUGUAGAAGGCGAUGAAGGCAGGAUGUGCAUCAAUACUGAAUGGGGAGGAUUUGGUGACAACGGCUGCCUAGAUGAUCUCAGAACAACGUAUGAUGAAGAUGUGGAUGAGGGCUCCCUGAAUCCUGGGAAACAGAGGUAUGAAAAAAUGACCAGUGGCAUGUAUUUGGGAGAAAUAGUAAGACAAAUCUUGAUAGACUUGACUAAGAAAGGACUUCUCUUCAGAGGUCAGAUUUCAGAAUCAUUGAGAAGAAGAGGAAUAUUUGAAACCAAAUUCCUGUCUCAAAUUGAAAGUGACCGGCUUGCUCUGCUUCAAGUGAGACGGAUCCUGCAACAGCUUGGUCUUGACAGCACUUGUGAUGACAGUAUCAUUGUGAAGCAGGUGUGUGGCUCUGUUUCUAGGAGAGCAGCCCAACUCUGUGGAGCAGGACUGGCUGCUAUAGUUGAGAAGAUACGCACCAACAGAAACCUCGAGCACCUCAAAACCACUGUUGGUGUGGAUGGCACCUUAUACAAACUGCAUCCACAUUUUUCUAGGAUCUUGCAAAAAACAGUGAAGGAGCUGGCUCCUCAGUGCGAUGUCUCAUUCAUCCUGUCCGAAGAUGGGAGUGGAAAGGGAGCUGCCUUGAUUACUGCUGUUGCAAAAAGGAUGCAUACAGGCUCUGAAAACUAAGUGGAUCCAACAUACAGGCAUGUGUGUGCAGUAACAAUAUAUUGUGAAAGGUCUCAUAAAACCCAUGCAAGAUAGCUGCUCAGAAGAGGCAGUCAGUUCCAUGGUUUUUGCUAGCUACAUGAACAGAAAGGAGGUUUUGCCAAAACAUGCAAGUUUUUUUUAUUUUCAUUUGACCUGAGUUGCCUUAUAUACUUGAUACAUCUGCACUGUGCCUCAUGUUGUUGAUAACACGAAACAGUCAAGUCAUAUAGUAUUAGCUAUUGUUUUAAAAAUCAGUUAUUUUUAAAAAAGUAUUUAUAUGACAAUCUGUCCCUAAUGUACUACUGUUUAAUACUUUCUCAUACAUUUGAACUAGACAUGUAACUUGGAUGUAGGCAUCAUGUUUCCAUACUACUAGACGUAGGUCUAAUAUUCCUGUACCUCCUUGGUUAGAUCAGUGCUAAGACACACUUUUUAAAAACUGUAAUUGUUUUUUUAAAGAAAAGAACACAUAAUAAUAAAUUAAUGGGGUCUUUUCCCAACAAAACGUU